AUGAAAAGAGAUGUUUUUAAAGUAUAUCGUUUUUUUAUAAGUUCUAACAAAAAUGAAAAAUUUAAUUAUUUAAAAAAGUUAUCAUAUGAUUUUUAUAAAAAAAGUCAGAAUAUGUAUGAGAAAAAUUAUGAAGAAGCUAUAGUUAUAAAUGAAAAUAUUACGAAAUUAUUUAAAGAAAAAAUAUAUAAUAAUCAAAGUUAUAUUUUAAUUUUAAAAGGUUUAAUGAAUAUAUUGUUAAAAAUGAAAGAAGAAAAAAAAAAAAAAAUUUUAAAAAAUAUGAUGAAUUCUUAUAUAUUACACUUUGAAGAAUAUGUAAAUUCUAUGAAUGAACAAGAUAUAACUUUGUUAUUAGAUAUAAAAGGAAAAUGUAAUAUUGUUAAUAAAAAAAUAAAUGAGCUAAUAGUUAUAAGAUUAAAUAAAAAUAGUAAAAACACUUUAUUUUAUAAUUUAAAUUGUAAGAGUGUAUGUAUAAUUUUAAAUAAUUUAUAUAAAUUGAACAUAAUAAAUGAAAAAAAAAUUAUUGAUGAUAUUUAUUAUUUUUAUGUUUUUAACAAAUAUUCUAAUUACACAUUGAAACAAUUAAUAAUUAUAUUACAUUCUCUAUAUAGGUAUGGUUAUGAGAAAAAUAAGGUUAUGGAUUUUUUAAAUUAUAUUUCAAUAAAAAUUUUAAAAUUAAAAGAAGAUAAUUACAAAAAGAAAAGUCACACUUUGACAAUGAAUAUAUCUUUUAAAAAUAAUUAUAGAAAAAAAGAAAUUCCUAAAGUUGAAGAAAAUAAUAUAUCAAAUAAAAGAUUCAUUAAGGUGGACAAUUAUAAAAAUGAGAUAAUAAAUGAAAAUAAGAAGGUAAAUAAAAAGGAAGAUAAUUUGAAUAAAGCAAAUGAUUACAUAAUUAAUGAAAGAAAUAUAGAAGAAUACUUGAAUAAAAAUAAUAAUUCAAUGAAAAUAUAUAAUACUAAUGGAAAUUUUAAUAAUGGGAAUUUUUUUAUAUUUGAUAAAAAAGAUAAAUAUGAAUUAAUUUUUUUUUAUACACUUAGUUGCUACAAUUAUUGUCAUAAUCCCAUUUUAAAUAUAUUAUUAAACGAAAUAACAAAUAAAAUAUUUUUUAUAUAUAAAGAAAAAGAAAUUUGUAUGUUUAUUAAUAGUGUUAGCAACUUUUUGGUUUUAAAAAAAACAAAGAAUUUUGAAAAACAUUGUUUAAAUGAAGAAGAAAGCAUAAAUAAGGAUAAUAUAAGGAUAACAUAUAACUUAAUUAACUACCUAAUAAAAAAUAGAAAUAAAUUUCUUAAAAAUUAUUCUUAUUUUAGUAUAAUUUCUAUUUAUAUUUUUUUAUCAAAAUUAGAUUACUUUUAUAAAUAUAGAAAUAAAGAAAGUUUUUUUUUAAAACAAUUAUUUUUCAAUACCAAAAUCAAAAGAAUGGAAAAAAUAUUUUGUGAUGAUAAAGAUUUAAGUAUUAAAAUUUUGAUUAACUUUUUAUUUUCAAUAGCUUUAAAUAAUGGUAGACAAAAUUAUAUUUAUUCUAUUCUCUUGAAGCAGCUUAAUUUUUUAAUUAAAGAUAAUUUAUAUUCAAAAUCAAAACCAUUAUAUUUAAAUGAAAACAAAGAUGAAAUAAAUAAAUUCGUUAAUUUCUUAUCAAUUCAAAAUAUUCAAUUAUUGUGUAUUAUAUAUACCUAUUUAUAUAUAUAUAAUAUAUUAUUUAAAUUAGGCAUGGAAAAUCUCCAUUUUUUUUUAUUUUUUUUAAAUAAUUAUAAUUAUUUAAAUUCUAUUUAUUUAAGUCAACAUAUCUCUUCUAAAAUACACAAAGAAAUUAAUGCAACUAUUUUUUCAUUAAAAAAAAAAAAAAAUCUAAAUUUUCUUCUAACUAAUGAAUGUUUUAUAUUUCCAUAUUAUAUUGAUAUUUACUUAAAAAAAAUGUAA